GCUCGCAACCUCCGUCAGUGGACGAUACCCCUGAAGUGUUGCCGUGUUGUUCAUUAUGCUAGUGGACUAACAGAAGAGGCAAAUAAUGUUUUGGAAAAAGAUAAAAUCUGAUUAGUCGUUGAUUUGUUAAUCCCAGUAUAGUUUGCUUAGUCGUGAGGUCUCGAUGCAAUAAUUGUAGUAAAAUUAGCUAAUCAAAUGGAUGACCUAAAAGCAUUGCUCGAUGCAGAGCAGGAGAAAGUGACCAAGUUGAAGGCUCUUGUGGUGAAAGAGAGAAAAGUUAACACAAAAAUCAAAUCAGAAUUGGAAUAUCUGAAGUCACUGCAUACCAGGACUCAUCAAGAAAGUGGUGGAACUGUUGAAAAAUUUGAUAAAUCGUGUUGUACUUCUGAAUUUUCAAAUGAAUCCACUUGUAUGGAUGAGGCACUAACAUCAGAAUUUAUCAGUACAUCGGUAGAAAACGCUGUAGAUAAUGAACAUAAAGGGAAUUUCCUUGUGUCAACCAACGAUAUUGGUGAUAAGACGACUGAAUAUGUAACUAAGAUUCCUGUUUGCACAAUUUCAGCCUCUUCUUCUUGUGAGACGUCCGCUAAGGAUUCAUUACAGAGUUCUUACAAACAUCUACAAGUAUCUUGUUUAAAUGAAACAACUAUAGUUCCUGCUAACUGUCUAUGUGCUGAAACACAAGUAGACAGCUUAAAUAAUUUUGAUGGAAAGGAUUCACCAUUGUUACAACAGUUUAACACUGUAUUACAGUCAUUAAAACUCAACAAUAGCAAUAAUAUAUCAAAAGAUGAAUUAAAAUUAGUAUUUAUUGAAUGUAACAGAUUAUUGGAAGAGAUCGAUCCCUGUUCAACUGAUAAUUAUCGUGUAUCUUUUAAUCAUUCCUCAUCAAAAAGUGAAAUAAUAAAGCUAGAGAAUUCUUGUCAAACUCUACCAACAGAUUUAAAUCAAUAUUUUCACUCAUUAAAAAAGUCUUCUGCUAAACAAAAAAAAGAACAAAAUUCUUGCCAUAACAAACUUUUAAAUGAAUUAAAACAUAUUCAUUUAGAUGAAGUGUGUGAUGAAGAAUUACAUAUUUUAGAGGAAAGAGUAAAUGAGUUAAAACAUAGUGUUGAAUAUGCUGAGUCUUCAUUUAAUCAAUUAUCAAAUAAACUUACUUCAGUUACUCAUAUAAAUGAAGUGUAUAAUGCUAAAUUAUUACAAUUACAAGCAAAAUAUAAUGAUAAUUCAUUGGAUAUGACACAAUCAUUUGUUAAGUUGGAAAGUUCAUUAUAUGAUUCUUUUUUAUUACCGCUGAUUAAGUACCAUCAAGAAAUAAACAACAAUAAACAAUGUAAUUUGAAUGUGGAUUAUUUUAUUUGUGAUAACUUUCAAGAUGAUACUGUUAGUAGAGUUGCGAAGAGUUUAGGCGAUUUCCUUGAUGAAUUAAAACAAAUUAUAAAACACUAUUACACAUUCACUAAUAAGUGUAUUACAUCGUCCGAUGCAUGCAUUCUGACUGACUAUAAUGAAAUAAAUAUUGAACAAGAGAAACUGCUGUUGGAUAAAUUGAAAAGUACUGAAUCUGAAUUAAUUAGUGCGAAUGAAAGGGUUCUAAUCUCUGAGAAUUUAAUUUCAGAUCUAAAAAGUCAACUAAAAAUUUCUGAUGAAAAACUACAUCGUAUGAAAAAUCUUUUAGUUAAAGUUAAAUUAGAUGCAACUGAACAACAGAAGAAACUUUCAGAAUUCCAAAAAAGUCAAUCUGUAAAUGUUGAAAAUAAUAAAGCAUUGAAUCAUCUGACUGAAAAAUUAUCUAAUACUGAAAAGGAGAAAGAAAAUUUGGUGUGUAAUCUGACGCAAUUGCGUAGUGAAUUAACUCAACAACGUGUCUUAUGCGAAAAUCUCCAAAAUGAUAAAUGUUUAGCACUGGAUCGACUUCAAAAGUUACAAAACGAAUAUAAUGCAUACAAAGUCAAGGCUCAACUUGCUCUAUGUAACGUACGCACCAAUGAUGUGAACACAACGAAUGCUAAUAAUAGUCCUAAUUGUGAAGGGGUGAAUACUAACCAAUCUGAUAUCGAAAGCAGAUCAUUUUAUUAUUCAAAUGAAUUAGAAUCUAUGAAACAAAAUCUUUUUGACGUACAAAAUCGUAUGAAAGAGGCUGAAUUGCAUGCGUCCUUAGCACAAUCAGAAUGUGAUUUGUUAAAGAAAGAAUUAAUCGAAGUUAAAACAAAACACACUGAACUGUUAUGCCAAUCUCAAAAACAAAAGCAAUCCUUAGAGGAUCAACUAAUGUCAAUAACUCAACAAUGUGAAAAUCGUCUUUCUACUGAACUUAAAGAAUUAGAACAAAAGUAUACUAGUCAACUACGUCAUUAUGAAGAACGACUUAUGUUGCAAACUCAAAAAUAUGAAAGUGAAUUACGUCAAGAAAGAGAAUUAUGGGAGACAAAAUUAGCCAGUAUCAUUCACACAAACCAUUCGCCCACUCAAAACUCGUACAGGUACGAGCAGGCCUAUGGUCAUCGACGGAAUUUCUCAAUACCUGAUAAUUUGAAUCCCUUAAGCGCAAACUCGCAUCAUAAAAGAGUUCAAGGAGAUGGAGCCGAUAAUUCCAUGAUUUCCUCCGUGGAAUCUGAUACAGAAUCAGAUCAUGCAGCUAGGAAUUGCUCUCUAAGUCACAGUGGCAGUGAGCAUUAUUCAUUGGCAGAUGAAGAAAACUAUAAGAAGUCUGUACAUCGAGUUUUUGUAAACCAAUGGACUUUAAGGUUCAGCUUCUACUUUUUAGUCAAUUUAUUUCCCUGCAAUUGUGCGAGAAAUGAUAUUAGAAUUAGUUUUUUUGGCUAACGAACAGAUAUCGAAAACUAUUAGUUACCAAAAUAAUUAUAUUUCUGUAUAUUGCAUUCAGUAUCAUACAAAUGUUUAGCUAUGAACAGUACCUUAGUUUUUCUAACAGCUAAACUUUCAACCACAUGUCUGCAAAUACAAAUACCCCCCUCAUCUAUUUCCAACUUGGAAAUCGCGUAAUAUCACCUCUUGAGUUUCGAUUGAACGAACACAGUGAUUCACAACUCACUUGUCAUACACCUAAUUAUUCUCUACCCUAGUUACCAGCAGUUGAUAUGACGAAUAAACCCUCACUUUUGUCGAGUUAUUCUAUGUAACUUUAAGAAUCUGCUUAAAUCGAGUCAUGAAUUCAGCCAUUAAGCUACUACAAUCUCCACAAACCCCCAUUCUGAUAAGAAUGCGAUUUAUUGGGCUAGAUUUAAUUUGUACACUUGGUUGAAUAAUUCAAGAGUAGAGUUUAAAAAAGCCAAUAUAAUCAUUGUAUUAUCAACUCCUAACAUAUCAUGUGGCUAGCCUACUGUAAAACACAUCGACCAAUUAUCUUGUUUUCAGAUCACCAUACCUACUUUGGAACAACUUCUUAAUCAUCCCAAUCAAUAUUCACCGUCUGAAAAUAUGUCAUCUCAGCAUUCUGUUAUAUCAUUUCAAGAAGUUCGUAAUGUUCAACCUAAUCAAUUAGCUGGUUUACAGUCUGCUUUAACCAAUCAACAACGUCGAGUUGAAUAUCUUUCUGAAUUGUUAAGUGAAAGUGAAACAAAUGUAACUCGUUUAUUUGAGCAAAACAAAGUGUUGAAAGAAGAAAUUCGACGUCUUGAAAAUAACUCCAAUCCAACAUUAAAAGUACAAUGUACAGAAAAUCAAGAUAUCUUGGAAUUGAACAACUCUCUUCAUAGUAACACUAGUGUACUUAUUGAACAUUUGAAAGACAUCUUACUGAAAGUUAUAACACUACCCAAACAAUCUUCAGAACGUAAUCAUCUCGUGCGUGCGUUGGCUAUAUUUCUUUCUUUGAAAUCAGACGAGUUUAAAUUAUUAGAAGAGGGUUUAAAUCACAGUGUUACAUGUCCUACAUCUAAUCAGCAACAAAAUCUCUCUUCCAAUUGGAGUAGUUAUAUCUCUGCAGUUUGGCGUCAGUAAAGAACAAUAUUAAAGAAAGAAAGCAUGCAAUAUUGUUUUCAAAAUAACUUUCUGUGAUAAAUGUGUAUUGUUAGUGACAUGUUUUUAAUUUACUGGUUGUGUAAUAUCUCCCUAUCAGAAAAAUAUUUAACGAUCAAAUUAACUUCGAAUUUUUCAUCUCUGAUUUUGUAAUUGUGAUUAUUAUAGCGUUCUUGUUGUUACAUCACAUCACUUGGAGUAACUGUUUGGUUAUUUUUUAAAGCUAAAAGCAGUUAGUGUGAUACAUUCUCUAUUUACUAAACUAUUUUUCACAUGUAUGUACUAUUAUCUUAACGCUUUAAAAGAUGAGAAGUGUUUUCGUCACUUUCACUCUUAAAAAUUGGUUUUUUCGAAAGUUGUGGAGCAUAAAUUCUGUAAGGAAAAUAUAAUUGCAUUAUGUUAC